CACGACACACGAUAUCGCUGAUGUUGCAACCAAGAAAGAAAAAGGUUCCCCGCCUCCUGAUGUUGUAUCUGUGCAAUUCUCCUUGGCUUCUCCUCUCCAAGCUCCAAGGGCAGCCAUUAUCCCACAACAGCUCACAACUAACUCACACCUUUAGAAAGAAGCCCCUAAAGCACGGCCAAGAGAACGCGAAGAGCAUACCAGAUAGAUUGUACAAGUACCAAGCACCAAGCAAUCAUGUCGAUGAAUGGUAAAAAGAACCAGCAAAGACCCCUACCGGACGAGCUCCUUGGAAUCGUCACACCGGCAUCUGAUGACAUCGUUGAACCCACCGCUGAUUGCAGCGUGACCAAGGUAGACGAUGCAUGCAAUGAAAACUGCGGAAAGGAAGUUUUGGGUCUCGAGGAACUGGAGAAAAUCGAUAAUGACAUUGCGAAAAUUGAGAAGAAAGUCAAUCUAGCGUCGAGCAAGAAGACAAGCGAUAAUGAAGUUUUGGUUCUCGAGAAACUGGAGAAGCUCGAUGAUGACAUUGAGAAACUUGAAAAGAAAGUCAAUCUAUCGUCGAGCAUGAAGACAAGCGACGAGACAAGCGACGAAACAAGCGACAAGACAAGCGACGACGGAUCUGGAACGCCAACAGAUGGUGACCAAGCCAUUCUCCAGCUCGGCGGCGAAGUGGCUCCCCUACCAGCCGCACGGCCAAGGCGGCAACAACAGGGGCCCGGUGCCUAUUCCAUAGUAGGAAUCAAUGGAGCAACCACUGCAAACGAUGACGCCAGCAUCCAGGUUACCAGCGACAGGCCUCGGAGGCAACCAAACAUAGAGCAGGCAACACAAGAUAGUCCCUUGGAGGCGAGCUUGGUGAUUGAUCGAACCCAAACACAAGGGCAGAUUCGAGACAUCGAGCUGGGGCGCCCAAGACAGGAGCGCCCCAGACAAGAGCCAACGUUUGAUGCUGUUAUAGUUCACCACGAUGGGAGCAAGCGACGGACGGUUCUUGUUGCAAGCUCGUUCCUAGUCCUGGCAGCCAUCAUUGUUGCUUUGAUAAUGGGGCUGCUGGGUGUCUUUGAUAGCAGUGAUGACUCUCCCAAACCUCAGCAUCCUUCGGUGCCGAAAGAAAACAUCGUUGAUAGUGACAGCGAAAACGUCAGCUCCACAGCCGCCGUAUCGACUUUGGAGAGAAUCAGGAAAGAAGGAGUCCUUCGAUGUGAAAGGAGAACUUUUGAUGGAGCGAGCGAGACCAUGUUGGGGUAUCAGGAUUCCUGGUGUCUUGCGGUUGCUGCUGGCAUCUUGGGUCCCAACGCAACGACAGAGUUCCGAGAAAGCAAUGACCCCAAAGCACCUCUCUUUGGCCUCCUCUUGGACGAGCAUGUCGACUUGUAUACAUCGGGUUACACGCACAGCUUGGAACGAGACGUCUUCCAAACAACUGGCAAGGAAGGUCUCGCUUUUUCAUCUCCUCACCUACACAUGGGGACGUCAACCGGCGGAGAUCCGCACCAUGUUUCAUGUACCGAAAACGGAUUCGCGCACAUCAAUGAAUGUGCCGACCUGAAGAUUUGUGUGAGUCGAGGCACCACGUUCUUCGAUUUUUUGUCCGCUAUUGUGCCCAGGAGAGCCAUUGUUGAAGUGGACGGGCUGUACCUAGGUGGUGCGUUUGCAGAGGGUUUGUGUAAUGUCGUAUACUCCUCUCUUGUCACCAUUCCUAGCAUCGAGGCAAUCAGAGGUUUAGGAUUCGAUGGUCCCUACAGGGCCAGUGAACAAGUCUUUGCUCCACAGCCCUUGUCCCAUGUCACACGGCAAGACGACACUGAGUUCACAGCUUUCGUCGGGGCAAUCGUCGACGCUCUCAAGGUCGCGGAACGAUACAAUAUCACACAAUCCACAGCAGAAAGCUUCCCUUUAACAGACGUCUUUGGUAAGGAAUAUCAAAGGAUGUUCCAGCAUGCUCUAGCGGCUGCGGGCAACCACGGUGAAAUCCACCAUAGGCAUCUCAGCGCCUCAGGAUUCCCCAAGCCUCCACUGGAGUUGGUGAAUAUUGGAGCAACUCCAUUGCUGUUCUCAUAUCCGUUUGGCGGGAUCUCGCAGAAAAGAGACUCGGAUUUCCCACUAGAUGAUGCCAUGCUCGAAAUAAUCAAAAGAGGCUUUGUGCGCUGCGCUAUCCGUCUCCGACCUGGGUUUGCUGUCGUGGUUGAAAACGAGGCCAACCAACCAUACUAUGAAGGGAUGGAUGCGGAUCUUUGCCGUGCCUUGUCUGCCGGUUUGUUCCAAGGCAGUACCGACAUGGUUGAGUUUGUCCAUGUUGAGACCCCAGAAGAUGGCUAUGUGCUUCUAGCCAACGGGAAAGUUGACGUGUUCGCUGGAGCCACCAAGAGCUUGCAGACCACUGUUCGUGAACCUACAACUGGGACAGGGUUUGCCUUUUCCACCCCCUAUUUCUUUGGCUACAGUGAAGAUGAGGACAACACUUGUCUUGCCAGCAGACUAGAUGCACAUGAUUGGAGAGAGUUUGUCUUUUGGACCGUGAUGGGAGUUGUUCAUGCCGAGGAGAAUGGAAUUGAUAAAGCCACGUCCAAUCUCAUGCCCGAGGUUUUCUCAUUUGGAGACCAGUUCAAUCGAAUGUUCAGAGACUCCGUUCUUGCGGUUGGCAACUAUGGAGAACUGUACGAGAGGAACUUGGAGAGCCUCGUGCCUCGUGGCGGGCGAAACAUGUUGAACCAAAGUCCCCAUCAAGGGCCACAACACUAUGCUCUGCCGGGGUUUCUUUAACUGUUUCUUUCCUUCUUCCAUUCCUUUUAAAGUCUUCCACCUUCAUACUUGUAUCUACAUAUCAUUCAGCCCACUAACCUAAACUACAUGUUCUACAUACCGUACAUACAUUCUAGUUAUACAUGAAUGAUGCAUCCCUGAAUACUACUACCAGAUACCAGAACUGAAACAGUUGCAAUAUCCACCGUUGACUAUUGCCAUCGGUGCGUCACCCCCGAGGACACCAUGUGAAACGCC